AUGGCCGAGUGCAUGCACAGGCUGGGCGCGGCCGCUGUGCAGUCCAUGAGCCUGGUCGCGGACCACUAUUGCUCGCCGAGGGACUGUUCCGACGGUGAGGUUGCAGCUUUCCACCCCUUCAAGACGAAGGACGACUGGCGGGGCUGUUUAGAAGCAUCGACCGGAAUGUCGUUCCCGGCCGAGGGCGACCUUCCUUGA